CACUUGUUUGUUUUCUUUUUGUAAUUGCAUUAAUUGCCUUUGCUAUAAGUGAAUACUUUGAUACUUUUGUUUUUAAAAUAAAAGUUGUAAUUUAUGUGGUGUAUUUAACGAUUCGCCAAGUAAAUAUAUCAAAAAUUUCCAGAAAUCUAUGAUUCGCAUACGGCACGCCAUUUGUGAGCAGCUGCCCCAGCUGAAGAACGUGUGCCAUGCCCUGGAGGUGCCCGUCAAGAAGCAGCAGCUCCAGAAUGGCCGGCAUCCGACCCUGGAGUGGAUUCUGCCAUCUGCGGUUGCGCAACAGGAGAGGGAACUGCUAGAGGCUGUGAGCCGGCACAAGUUCGAUGAAACCUACAUCGAGCAAGUCCGGAUAGUGCCGAGUGCCGGACGCAAUGCAGCCAAGAUAGAGUUCCAGCUGCAGCCUCAGGUCUUUGUGGAGCAGCUCCUCCGAACGAAAGCGAAUGCUCUCAAGUUUUCCACUUCCCCCGCAGGGCAUGUGGUAGUGGAGUACAGUUCGCCAAACAUAGCCAAACCCUUCCAUGUAGGCCACCUGCGCUCCACGAUAAUCGGCAAUGUCUUGGCCAAUCUGCACCAGCACUUGGGGUAUCGCACCACCCGCUUAAACUACCUUGGAGACUGGGGCACGCAAUUUGGACUCCUGGCGCUGGGUGUCCAAAUGGAGAACGUCAGCGACAAGGAGAUGCAGGAUGCUCCAAUCGAAACGCUUUACAAAUCCUACGUGGCCGCCAACAAGGCAUCUGAAGAAAGUCCGGAGGUCGCCCAGCGAGCAAGGGAUCUCUUUGCCGCCUUGGAAGCAGGCAGUGAUGAAAGCAUGGCCAAACGAUGGCAGCAGUACAGAAAGUACACCAUAGAGGAUCUGUCCAAAGUCUACAACCGAUUGGGCGUUCAUUUCGAUAGCUACGAAUGGGAGUCGCAGUACUCUCAGCAGCAAAUCCAGGACGUUUUGGACAGGCUGCGCAACGCUGGUCUCUUGCAACCAGAGCUUGAUGGUCGUGAAAUUGUCGAGGUGGAUGGUAGACGCAUCCCAGUGAUCAAGAGUGAUGGAUCCACAUUGUACCUGGCCAGGGAUAUCGCUGCACUCCUGGAAAGGCUCUCCAGAUUACAGUUCUCUCGGAUGCUUUAUGUAGUGGACAACGGUCAAGCGGAUCACUUCAAUGCCCUCUUUAAAACAGCGGCCGCCGUCGAAGAUCGCCUAAGUCUGGAUCAACUGCAGCAUGUUAAAUUUGGCCGUAUUCAUGGUAUGAGCACUCGCCAAGGAAAAGCAAUAUUUUUAAAGGAUGUUCUGAAUGAAGCACAAAACAUAAUGCGAGAGAAACGAAACAUCACUGCAACCACCAAAGAAAACCAUUCCCUGAAUGAUGAUCUUGUUUGUGAUAUCCUGGGCGUCUCGGCUGUCCUAGUCAAUGUCCUGAAGCAGCGUAGGCAACGAGAUCACGAAUUCAGCUGGCAGCAGGCGCUUCAAGUUAAUGGGGACACGGGAAUCAAGCUUCAGUACACUCACUGCCGUCUGCACAGUUUACUAGACAAUUUUAGGGAAGUGUUUCUGGACGACAUUAAGCCCGACUGGCAGCAUUUCGUACAAGAGCCAGCGGAUGCCUUGGACCUGCUCUACGAGCUGGCGCGCUUCGAUCAAAGCGUUUGCCAAUCGAAGGAACAACUGGAGGCCUGUGUGCUAGUAAACUAUCUGUUUGGAUUGUGUAAUGCCACCAGUCGAGCUUUAAAACGAUUACCCGUCAAGCAAGAGAGCUGCCCUAAAAAGCAGUCCCAGCGCCUACUCCUCUUCCGUGCUGCCAAGGAAACACUGCACCGGGGAAUGCGUCUUCUGGGCCUGCGUCCACUCGACCAAAUGUAGACCAUUGAAACCUCAACUCUUAUUGUUAACAUAGUUGAUAUUUAUUAAAACAUUUCGGUAUAAAAUGCAGCCUAGUAUUGUGGUUGCACGUGCCCGCUCAGCGCUUCUUCCACGUGUACUUGCGGCGUGCUCCUUCCUGUCCGAACUUCUUACGCUCCCGACGACGGUAGUCACGUGUCAGCAGGCCGGCUGCAACAUAAAUUGCAAUUAGCGGCAAUAAGCCAGCGGAGGCGGCUCAGGAGCCUCAUGCACUUACCCAGACGCAUUGACUCAAUCAUCUCUUGAUCGACAAAGCUGCGCAAACUCAUCGCGAUGCCCCAGCGGAUGGCUCCGGCCUGACCGGAAGGUCCGCCUCCCUCGACAUUGGCCUCCACAUCGACUUUGCCCAGCAGCUCGCUAAAUUGCAGCGGGAAGAGCAACUGGAAAAAUAGAGAUAGCGAAUUGGCGAAUGAGAAUGAGAUAAUGUCGUGGCCACCGUUAGAUGUCAAGUUCGAGCGCCCGGGGCAGCCAUUGUACGGAUCUCUCUCUAUACAAAAUGAUGCUGCGAUAGCGCUUCCUGUACGACAAUGCGGCCAGGUAAUGGAGGAAUCGUUAGCCAAAUUAAAUGUCUGUCGGCCGCGGCCACUAAACUGCAACAGAUUGUUGCAUGUCCGCCUGGCAAUUAGCGAACUCGUCAAUCGAGUGGGUGGGAGCUGAACAGCUCGUCUGCCAGCCGCGGAUAGGUGUGAUGCAAAUUAUAAGUGCAUUAUAGCACUGCAUCGAGUCCGGAUAAUUGCAGAGCCGCGGGCAUGACCAGCACGCGCUGCCCCGUUAAUGGGUUGGGUAAUAGGUCGAAAUACGUAGUUAGUGAAGUUCUUCCGAUUGUCUAUUAAAGACGAUUGAGUAACGUAUAUGCAAAGAAAUCUUCGUUUUAUUGCAUACUACUUUUAUUAUAUACUACUUUUGAUUUCGAUUUUAAAGCAUUUAAGUUCCAAUAAAGUCUUUGGACUUUUUUACCCUUUU